AGUGUCAGUUUCAAAAUUCGCAUCUUCAGGCAACUCAUCUUGAAAGUGUUGUUCAUUGUUAUUGCUUCUUUUCGCUCAAUUAUGUGCGUUUAAUUGAUAGAAUAUAAGCGUCUUAACAAUAAAAAAGCAAAUCCACACCUGGUGGUAUUUCAAUUUGGAAAGACUCCGUCAAAAACUUUUUAUUUUAACUUAUUAAAAACAUGUCGGCGAAAUUCCCGGUUAUUACAAUUCAAUGCGAUUGGAAUGAAGUCAUAAAACUGCCAAAGUGCAAAGCUUGGAUAUCCUCCAAAUAUUUAAAUCAAAAUAGUGUCCAUGAUGAACUUAGAACAAGCUUAAAUAAUAGUGAUGGGAAGAUUAAAAUAGAAUUCUCCGAUAACUACCAGUAUAUAUCUCAUGGAAACCUCAGCCUUGUGGUAAAGCACAUAUCUGGUUUGAAGACAGCCUUUGUGGCCCCGACAAAAGCUUAUAAAGUGCAUAAGAAGGGAGUCACAACUGUGUCUGCAUCGGGCACAGAGAAUGCAUUGGCUAUAUCUGCUUGCGAUGGUGACCAACUUUUAGUAUGGGACAGCAGGACAGGUGAAGUCAUGCUAGACCUUAAAGGCCAUGGUGGUCCAGUGUACAAGAGCAAAUUCUUCAAUUCCGGUGUAGUGGUAAUAUCGGCUGGUGCCGAUGGCUCAUGUCGGAUCUGGUCUGCCGAGACUGGAGUAAACCCUGUCACACUGAUAGGCCACAAAUUGGCCAUUUGUGAUAUUGCUAUUGUUGAAGUUGGAAGGAAUGUGAUUUCUGUCAGCAAGGAUGGUACUGCAAAGCUGUGGGAUGUUGGUCAAGCAGCAUGUUUGGCCAAUAUUGUUGAAGGUCAUGGUCAGAUAAAUUGCUGCACUCUGACAACAACAAAUGAUGAUGUGCCUGUUGAGAAUGAGAGAGAGGUGGGAACAAGAAACAAACUCUUAAUCAUUGGUUGCGAGAGUGGCCUAGUCAUAGGUGCCCAUGUGGCCAAAAGGGAGGAAAAAUUCCAGAAGCAGAUGGACACCGCCUGCAAUGCUUGCAUUGUUGUAGGGCAGAAUGCCAUCAUUGGCUGUAGCAGUGGGAAGAUAAUGCUCCUCAACCUUCAAAACGGGGAACUAGGGGAGUUACACGAAUCCGCAAGCCCAGUCUUAAGCAUGGUAACUUUGCCCAACCAAAUGUUCGCAGUCGGACGCCAAGACGGCACGUGCACUGUCAUGUCACUACACGAAGCCCACGGCGCCACCCGAGUACAACUUACCGGCUCAGACUGCGACGGAAUCAGAGACCUAGCCUUCAAUGGAAAAUGGAUUUUUGCUGCGUGCCGUGACUGUAAUGUUAGGAAGUAUGACUUCAAUCAAGUGAUCGUACAUUUUAAGUGAGAGUUAUUACUUCAUGUGACAAUAUCUGUAAGUUAAUUUUUUUUUACUCUUUGACCGCCAAGGACGCCCAAUACACGCGUACCGAACGGAAUGUGUCUUUAGCGCCAUGACGUGUAUACACGGUAAGAAAUACCUAUAGUUGGAAUUUUCUGAGGUGAUUUCUUCAGCUCAAACCCCUAAUCUGUUAAACAAAUGGUAUUGUUUCCUUUAUGCGGUGAUUACCGCUGUUCCUGCUAAUAACCUCGUAAUCAAGCCCGUUUAAAAACCAAUUUUACCGUCCUAUUUAUAACACGUUUUGUUAUAUUCCCAUCUCAAAUUUCGAAAACGCACUUACAACCAAUCGGGUGCAGGUGUCCAUGGGCGGCGGUAAUCGCUUACCAGCAGGCGAUUCGUCUGUUCGUUUGCCUCCGAUAUCAUAAAAAAACGACAUCGUUGCUUGAGCACGUGCCGAAGACGGCUCUGCAUAAAAGAAACAAAGACUUUUGUUUUACAGAUUAGGGCCCAAGCCAAAAAAAUCAUCUCAGAAAAUUUCAACUAUACUCAGAGAUAAAUAAAUCUACAAAUAUGUUUCUUUAAUUUUGCUAUUGCUCUAGAUAAUCCUUAUCGACUAGCUUUGAUUUUAAAUAGACUUUUAAACUAACAUACCCACCAAUAGCUCAAAUAACAACAAUUCAUGAAUGUUGGUGGGUUGAGCGUGGCGUCUUGGGCACGUUUUCUGGGACCGUGUCUUGGCGGCCAAACGGUUAAUAGUGAUAGGAUUGUUGUUGACUGAAAUAAGGGUUCUCAAUUAAAUUAGGUAGUCUUGUUGAACUUCAGAGCAAACACUAUUUAUCUCUAUUACACGAAAAUCGAAGUACUGCGAAGUUUUACCCGCCACAAUGCUUCACCCCAAAAGUAGUCAUUUCCGCUCAAAUAUAAAAGCAAGUAAAAACAAUUUUGAAUGAUCUAGUGCCUAGUGAUUUAUACAUUGAGCUAAAUAAAAUCUGUCCAAGACA